AUGGAUAACUCGUCGACCCCGGCCAACGCGGCGCAUCAGACGCAGCAGACGCAGCAGCAGCAGACCCUCCAGCAGCAGCAACAACAAGCGCUGUCGAGUCUUAUCCGGACGGAGCAGGUCCAGAAACUACCGCACCUCGCCGACUCGCAGAAGGCGAUCCAUACGCAGGCGGUCCGGAGCUGCUGGGAGGUGCUCCAUUCGCACCCGCCCACGUCCAACGAAUAUAUGAAGGCACAGCAGAAACUGACGCAGAUGUCUUCACAGCUAAUGAGGGGAAUGAGACUAUACCAGCAGAGCAGGUCUCAGGCCCAGCUCCAGCAACAGGCACAGGCGCAGGCUCAGGCCCAGCAGCAACAGCAGCAGCAACAGCAACAACAGCAACAACAGCAACAGCAACAGCAGCAGCAGCAGCAGCAGAAACAGGCCCAAACGCAGCAGGACCAGCAGCCACAGAUCAGCCGGGGCCCUGCUGGAGUGAACCCGGCCCAGCAGAAACCUCAGAACUUUCAACCUCUUUACCCGCAGAUCCAGGCGAAGGUCAACAGCCUGACAUUUAUCCCACCGCUCUCGAUAAGCAAGGACCAGGUGGAGAGCUGGCUGCAGGAGGCAAAGAAUCGAUAUGGUGCGGCGUUGCAGAAGCAAGAGCUGGGGAAGGUAAAACUGGCUGAAGUCCGGCAAUCGUAUCAACAGCGUCAAGGUGCUGGAAACCUGACAGCUGAGGAGAUUCAGGAAUUCAAGAACAGACAGCUCUUUGCCGAUAAGUUAUAUAGAGAAGGAAACGAGUUUCUUUCCAAAUUCAAGGAUCAGCAAGACAGCUUCCGUCUCCAGCACCAGCAGGCGGCUGCAGCUGCAGCUUCAGGCCAGCAGGCAGGCCAAGGCGCGCAGACUCAAACUUCUGGUGCAGGAGAUCAACAGGGCGUCGUUAGCCAGGCAGCCGUGCAGCAGCCUGUGCCAGCGACGGCUGCAACACCUGCCCCUCAUACUAUAAAUUCUGCUGUUGUUGCAGCACGCCACCAGGCAGGCCAAACUCCUCAGGGACAGGCCCAGGUUCCUGGGCCAGGAGCAACACAUCCUCCGACUCAGCAGCAAGGACAAGCAGGACAGCCACAACAGCAACAACAACAGCAGCCACAGCAACAACAACAACAUCAGCAACCUCAACAGCAACAACAGCAGCAGCAGCAACCCCAACAACCGCAACAGCAGCAGCAACCUCAACAACCCCAACAGCAACCAAAUCAGCCAGGACAACAGCAACCAGCUACACAACAAGCACAGGUUGUAGGCAUGAAACAACAGCUUCCAGAAGGCGCUGGAGCUACCACUCUCUCCCAAAUGCCACAAAACCAGGGACCUCCACGCGCACUCUCUCAGCAGGGAGCAGUGACCCAAGCGCGAAACAGCUAUGAUGUAAAUGCAAACAUGCACCAGAACUCUAACCACGCACAUCCCCAAGCCUACAUUGGCGACCGCAACAACAUGGAUACCCGAAAGAUCAAUAUGGCGAUACCCAAGAACCUCAGCAUUUCUACCACUCCUGAGCCCGUUACCAUGGGAGCGGCCCGGCCUACCCUCACCACCGGAGCCAGCCAUGGAUCCAUGGGAAUGAUGGGCCAGCCAGCCAUCCAGAAGCACCCCGGCUACGUCCUGGAGGGAGAAGGCCAACGCGUUCUCAGCAAGAAGAAGCUUGACGACCUAGUUCGACAGGUUACCGGAGGCGGCGAGGGAGAAAAGCUCACCCCCGACGCAGAAGAGUUUGUACUCCAGAUGGCCGACGACUUUGUCGACGAUGUCAUCACUGCCGCCUGUCGUCUCGCCAAGCUGCGCCCAUCCUCGACUCUGGACAUCCGCGAUAUCCAGCUCGUCCUGGAGCGCAACUACAACAUGCGUAUCCCUGGUUUCUCGUCAGAUGACUUGCGUACGGUCAAGAAGCCUCAUCCUACUCAGGGCUGGAUCCAGAAGAUGACUGCCGUCCAGGCUGCCAAGGUCACCCAAAGCCGCACUGAGUAG